GAUAUCAAAAACUUCGUAUGGAUCCCAACAAACUUAGCGCACAAGUUGAUGAAUACAUACGUAAAUUUGAAGAAGCAGAAAAAGAAAAGCAUAAAGCUCUGGAAGCAAGACGUAAUCAACCCGAUGAAGAUGGAUUCAUCCUGGUCACAGGAACCGGAAAGAGAAAUAUCAAUACUGAUGGUACUAUUACAGUGACAGCAGCUAAAGCGGAUGUGCUUGUUGACUUGCGUAAGAAAUUUGAAGAUGACAAACGGAAAAUUGCUGAUCUUAAAGCAGCUAGACGAUUCAAACCUUACUGA